AUGUCAGCCUCAUCUUCUAACGAAAAGAUCUCAAAGAGUUCGACCGGUCCCGUCAAGUACGCUGGGUUGACCGGUAACCCGUUACUGUACGCUGUGGUUGCGACCGCCACCAUUGGAUUCAGUUUAUUCGGAUAUGACCAAGGUCUCAUGAGUGGUAUCAUUGCUAGCAAGCAAUUCAAUACAGAGUUCCCAGCUACGCGACAACGAAACCCUAAUGAUGUUCACGCCGGUACUAUACAAGGAACAGUCACUUCCGUGUACGAGGUCGGCGCGUUUUUCGGAGCGCUUCUCUCCUUUUUCAUUGGCGAACGAAUGGGUCGACGCAAAAUGAUGCUCAUGGGCGGAGUCAUCAUGAUCAUUGGCACCAUCAUUUCCGUCACGUCGUUUGGUCCAGGAUCUCCACGAGGAAACGUCGGUGGAUUCGUCCAAUUCAUCAUUUCCCGGGUGGUCACGGGGGUAGGCAACGGAAUGAACACUGCCACCAUCCCUUCUUGGGUCGCCGAGUCGUCCAAAGCGAAGAACAGAGGAUUCUUGAUCUGCAUGGAAGCUAGUACAGUUGCCGUCGGUACAGUCAUCGCAUACUGGAUCGACUUUGGCUUGUCAUUCAUCAACUCCUCGGUCAGCUGGCGAUUUCCCAUCGCCUUUCAGAUCGUCUUUGCUCUCGUUCUCAUUGGAGGAGUUUUGGUCUUGCCAGAAUCCCCCCGAUGGCUCAUCGCCCACGGACACGUCGAAGAAGGCAACCGAGUCGUCGCCGCUCUUCUAGGUGUCUCACUCACCGACCCCGCUGCCGUCGCGGAAUCCAAAAUGAUCUCUGAGGGUGUCGCGGCACAGCUGUCUAAGAAGGUCGCUAGAAAGGCUGAGAUCCUCAAGGGAGGCAAGAACCAACACUUCCGACGAGCCAUCGUCGGAGCCUCGACUCAACUUUUCCAGCAACUUGGAGGUUGCAAUGCCGUCAUUUACUACUCAUCAAAGCUGUUUGAAGACAACUUUGACCUUGAGACAGAGUUGGCUCUUAUCCUCGGAGGUGUCCUCGCCGUUGUCUACGCCAUUUUUGCUCUCAUAUCUUUCUUCCUUGUCGAGAAAGUUGGCCGUCGCAAGCUCUUCCUCAUCGGUACAGUCGGUCAAGGUGUCGCCAUGUUCAUCACUUUUGGUUGUUUGGUCAAUGGAUCCCGUCAAGCCGCCAAGGGAGGAGCUUUCGGCCUCUACUUGUUCAUCGCUUUCUUCGGUGCCACCUGGCUACCUUUGCCAUGGCUGUACCCUGCCGAGUUGAACUCUAUGAAGGUCCGAACCCAAGCCAACGCUAUUAGUACUUGCACGAAUUGGCUCUCCAACUUCUUGGUCGUCCAGGUCCUUCCUACGAUGACUGCCUCUAUUGGCGCCUACACUUUCCUUCUUUUCGCCGUUGCCAACAUGAUUUUCCUCCCUUUCAUCUGGUUCUUCUACCCCGAGACCACGGGAAGAUCUCUUGAAGAGUUGGACGUGCUCUUUGCCCAUGCUCACAUUGUUCAAGAACGACCAACGGUCGUCGCUGGACAAUUACCGCCUCUGACAGAUCACCAGAUCCAGACAUUGACGGAGAGGUACGGCAUCCACGAUGAAGUAGAGGCCGAUGCCGAGAUGGGUCGAUCCAGGCGAAGUUCAGCUUCUGGAGAGACGUUUGACACGACUAUUCCUCCUGCAGAGCCGGAGUCCGAGUCGGAGAACAGGCAGUAG